CAUCACAUUCACGCCAAGCAACAGGCACAUCUCUCUCUCUUUCUCUCUCCACUCUCUGUGUUCGUUUUGCCUUCCCACUCUUUCUCUCUCUAUAACGUCUUCGGACUCAAUUCGAUCGUCAUUGUAUGGCCGCCAAUUCCAAGUGCCGAGGCAUCACCAGCUUGGGGAAACGAGUUGCCAACCAGAUCUGGACUCACAACUCGCCUCUCAGAACUCACGCUCUUCCUUCCUCUUCCUCUUCCUCUGCUCUCGCUCUCAGGCGAGCCACCUAUACUUCACUGUACGAGAAAAAUUUGGAUGAUCAAGUUUGUCCAGCAGUGGUCCCUGACUAUGUAAUCCAAGCAGCCCACUCCGACAAGUACUGGGCUCCUCACCCACAGACUGGGGUAUUUGGGCCUCCAACUGACCACAUCACUGCUACCGCUACAGCCACCGUUGGAAGCCACAACCGUUCAACGCCGGCAGCUGCCGAUGCCAGUGCUGCAUCAGUGCUGGAGGAGAAGGCCUGGUUCCGCCCAACCAGCCUGGAGGACUUGGAGAAGCCCCACCACUUGGCUUAAGCUUUGAUACUAUCACUACUACUUUUAUAUAUAUAUAUAAGAUAAUAAGCACUAGAGUAGUGCAUUGUGGUGUGCUUGCCUUUGUGUUGUUGGUAUACAUUGCUCCAAGUUUGAUGCUUGUUGAGGAGUUUCUAUUUUAUGUAGUUUCUACUUAUGAACAACAUUAUGAAGGUGUGGUCCAAGUGCUUUUUAUGGACCACUGGUGGUGGUGGUGAUAAUGAUAAAAUUAUAGUUAUGCUUA